AUGGUUUCUCAGUGCGCAGCUAUGCACCGUAUUCUUUUGACGGCUACGGCCGUGCUUUGGGGCAUCGGCAAUGCAGAGUUUGCGGACGCCGAAGAAACUACAUGUGAUGAAGCUGUAUGUGCUGGACACGACAGAAGUGCUUCUGAGGAGGUCCAGGCCCUUCGAACGGAGCUCCUCCAGACUGCUGUGCAGCUGAAGCGCAGCAAGGAGGCGGAGCUCCCCAAUGACAUGCUACAUGACUUGCAGCUCGAGACUUUCCAGGCCAUGUCCGAGCACCGAGAAGCCCUGCGAAGGCAGGCGGAUGCCAUGGCAGCUGAGACCAGGACGGCCGAGGCCUUGAAGGCCAUGAACCACGAGACGUCGACUGGCCCACCCCAGGAGAAGAUCGCACCGAGCGGCCCAAAGCCGAAGCAUGCGAAACAUCAUCACCACGGGGGCGAGAACAAGCUUCUGCAGGAGGCAAUGAUUCCGGCGGGUGCCCUCGCUGCAGGCAUGCUGCUGCUGUGGUACCAGCUGACCACUGCCGGUAUCCUUGCCAUCUAUUUUGGUGCUCAGGCUGGCUUCACCCUCUACAUGAAGGUUGUCCUCUCCAACUCGGUCAUCUCGCAAGAGCUAGGCAUCGACGGCGUUCCUGCCGGCUUCCUCGUCACGGCAGUGCAGCAGGUUGUGGCAUUCAUUGUGUUGGCCAUCAUCGUCGCAGCGAUGUACUGCACGCCCUACCGAUACACCCCUCGACCGCUCAAAAGCUGGUCCGAGGUGGCCUGUGUGAUUCUUUUUUCCUUCGCCUUCUCCUUGAACAUUGGCCUGAACAACUUCAGUCUGUCUUUACUAGCCGUCUCGCUGAACAUGAUUAUCCGGUCCUGCCUGCCCGUCGUCACCCUGGCCUUUCAGCAAAUCCUGGGACCCUGCAUCCCUGACUUAGCGCAGAAGGUCCGGAUGACGGAGGUAACUUUGAUGGUGGCAGGUGUGGUCUUCGCAGCUGUAGCUACGCUGGCUAAGAGCGAAGGCUCGCAUCAUGGUGGUAGCGAGUCCAAGAACCUUUUGCUGGGUGUCGUCGUCUGCACACUGUCCGAUGCGGCCUGUGCGGUCAACCUCAUCCUGGGCAAUAUGUUUGGGAGCUCGCUGGACCCACCACUGAAUCCUGUAGACACCAUCUUCUACAUGGCGCUGCCCUGCGCUCUCUUUCUGCUUCCAGCUUCCAUCCUCCUGAUGCAUCCGGUGGGGUGGCCCAACUUCGGCGACAUCACCGACCUGCAGGUCUUUCAGAAGGUCAUGGAGCUCAGCCCAACGACGAUGCUCUGGGUUAUCCUCUCCGGAUGCAUCGCUGCAGGAUACAAUGUCCUGCAGUACACUGUCGUCCAGAGAUUAUCGGCUAGUCAUGCUGCAUUUGCUGGCAACUUCAACAAGGCAGCCACCAUCAUGCUCUCCAUUUGCAUGGGUCUGGAAACCUUGCCCGGCGGCGUGUGGAGCGCGGUCAUGCUGCUGGCCAUCCUCGGGAACAUCGGGGCUUUCACUGGCUUCAGUUUGUUGAAGUCCAACGAGAAAGCCGUGAAGAAGGCGGAGAGCGAGACAUCGUCAAAGUCAUAG